ACGGGUGUAGGGGCGAGCCAAUCAUGGAGCAAAAGUCUCUUUGUUCAGUUUUUCCCACUAUUAUACGAUGGAUCGAAGUAUUGCUGUUGUAAUUGUCGUGAUUGCAAUAAUUUUCCGGGGGUGGAGAACUGGGGGAGUAGCUUGCCAGUCAGUAGGAGGGAAACAUGGGCGAGACUCUGGACAUCGAGGAUUUUGUCAUGAUUAACAGGAAAAUUCUCGAGGUUGUGGGACUUUACCCUAGAAAUUUUCGAAGAUACAUCUGUUGUGUGGUUUUCAUGAGUCUCAUUGUUGUUCCUGAGGUACUGGAGAUCUACUACCAUCGAAGAGACUUUGAUGUGGUCUUGGAGACGAGCUCUGUCCUUCUCACGAUUAUUUUAGCAAUUCUCAAAUCCGUCAUUUGGAUGUCUAGAAAAGACACCUCUGAUUUUGUUGGUUUUCUCAUCAAUGACUAUUGGAGGAUUGCCAAUCACCUGGGGAAGCCUGAGGAUAUUUACAAAAGAGCUAAAGCGGCGAAAGUCAUAACGAUGAGCUACUCAUUUCUGAUCUGCAAUGCCCUCCUCUUCUUCUUCAGCCUUCCUCUCCUCCAUCUCCUCCCUCACCAACGGAAUUCACAUGAUUCUGACAUGUUGCGGGUCCCAUUCGUGGCUACAUACCCCGAUUUCUGUUAUCACUCACCUGCUUACGAAGUCGUCUACGUCUCCCAGCUGCUGGCGACCUCCACCUGUGCCCUGAUAAUCCUGGCGACUGAUACUCUCAUUGCCACAGCGCUACUGCACACGUGUGGCCACUUCUCCAUCAUCGAGAGAAAUAUGUCUGAAUUGAAUUUUGCAAGGUCACUGGAGAAGCUGGAGGAACGUUUGCGAGUGAUCAUCAAGCAUCAUCAGCUUGUGAUCAGAUUUGCCGAUCGAUUGGAAUUUCUCUUCAAUCCCGUGAUGUUUCUGCAGGUAUUCGCCAGCAGCUUGAUCAUCUGUCUCGUUGGAUUUCAAGCACAAUCGGGACAAGUCGAUAAAUUUCCCCAGUACUGUUCCUACCUGAUGAUGGCCCUCUUCCAGCUUCUCCUAUUUUGCUGGCCAGGCGAUGAACUUAUAACUCAGAGUGGUCGAGUUAGUAGAGCAACACUUUCAUCGAAUUGGUACGUCGGGCCGAAUCACCUUCGAAAAAAUCUCCAGUUCAUCGUUCUCCGAUCUCAAAAAUCGAACUUCCUAUCAGCUGGAAAAUUGAGUGCAAUGAACCUCGAGAACUUUAGCGCAAUCCUGAGUACAUCUCUCUCUUAUUUUAUGCUCCUCCGUAGCUUCUCAGAAGAUUAACACGAAUGGAAAAAAUAUAAUUCUGAUUGAAAGCAAUUGAUUUUAUCUCGUUACAACCUCGUCACCUUUUGAGAAAGAG